UGUUGUUGAGUUUAUGUUGUGGCGGUUAAGAAAAAAAACAAGGGAGAUUACGCAGAUGGCCCCUGUUUUAUGAAGACGACACAGUGCAUUAAGGAAAAUAAAAAUAAAAAAAGACGUUAGCGUUUCAACAUACUAUAGCUUCAACAGUAUGAGUUAGAACUGCAAACGCCGGUUAAUUAUAUUACGACUAACACCGUGUUGGUUUAAAUGGAAUUAAUUACCAGCUGGCACUGAAGCAAGUCAAGUCUGAGCUUGCUUGACGGCCUGAUUAGGGUAAUUCCAGUUUGUUGGCGCAUACUCCAAAGAGCCGUGUGUGUGCUGCAAGGCAUCGGACUAAAGUUUUCCUGCAACCUGCCUGUGCAAUUUUUCCGGAACGCCGUGGCGUUUGUCUGCUCCUUUCCGCAGCAUCUACCAAGGAAAUUCGUGAGUAGCAAACAUAAAAAAGGAAAGAGCAAGAGUUUGCCGUGUAUUGAUAUGUCAAUUAAAAGAUUAAAAAGUCCCCCUCAGGACUGAGGAAAAAAACCACGAGGUACAAUGAAAUCUGUGCUUCAUUGGAGUUGGAUGUUCAGCUGAGACACUGAAGACUAAAGGAAAACGUAAAGCGGACCCUUUAUGGCUAAAAACUCAGCAGCUUAUCAUCCAAUCAGAAAAUGAAAGCAAAGAAAGGCAAUCUGGUACUGAGAGCAGAACCACCAACUUUUCUACAAUGUAUGGCCGGGACUUGUUGCCAGCAAAGAAUGGUGAGGAAAACACUAAGCAAUUCCUCUUUGAAGUGGUCCACAUACUUCUAAACUAUGUCAGCAAAUCGUUUGACAGAAACACCAAAGUUCUGGACUUCCACUACCCACAUCAGCUCAAGGACGGUCUUGACGGAUUUAGUCUGGAGCUGUCUGAUAAUCCUGAAAAUUUAGAACAGCUUCUUGUGGACUGCAGAGACACCUUAAAAUAUGGAGUUAAAACAGGUCACCCUCGUUUUUUUAACCAGCUGUCAACUGGGCUUGAUGUUAUUGGAUUAGCCGGAGAAUGGCUGACAGCAACUGCCAACACAAACAUAUUUACAUUUGAAAUAUCACCAGUUUUUAUAAUGAUGGAAGAAAUCCUCCUCAAGAAAAUGUAUGAAAAGAUUGGCUGGCCAUCAGAAGAGGGAGAUGGCAUUUUCUCACCUGGUGGAUCCAUAUCUAAUCUUUACAGUGUACUGGUGGCUCGAUAUUACCGGUUUCCUGAGGCAAAGACAAAAGGAAUGGCUUGUGUCCCCAGACUGGUGCUAUUUACAUCUGAACAUAGCCACUAUUCUAUCAAAAAGGCUGCUGCAGUACUUGGAAUUGGAACAGAAAAUGUUAUUUUGGUCAAAUGUAAUGAGAGGGGAAAGAUGAUCCCCUCUGAACUGGAAUUGAAAAUCAUGGAAACUGAAAUGAAGCAGGGUUUUGUUCCUUUUUAUGUGAAUGCGACCGCUGGUACUACAGUAUAUGGAGCAAUUGAUCCUCUAAGUGAGAUUGCAGACAUUUGCGAGAAGUACAAACUGUGGAUGCAUGUUGAUGCAGCAUGGGGUGGUGGUCUUUUGAUGUCAAGAAAGCACUCUGUGAAACUCAGCGGCAUAGAGAGAGCCAGCUCUGUUACCUGGAAUCCUCAUAAACUCAUGGGUGCUCCACUUCAAUGUUCUGCCAUACUCGUUCGAGAAAAGGGUCUCCUCCAGCUGUGUAACCAGCUUUGUGCAGACUACCUGUUUCAGCCUGACAAACAUUACGAUGUUUCCUAUGACACUGGGGACAAGGCCAUUCAGUGCGGCAGGCACGUUGACGUCUUUAAAUUCUGGUUAAUGUGGAAGGCUAAGGGUGCAGAAGGGUUUGAAGUACAAGUCAAUAAGUGUCUGGAUAAUGCUGAGUAUUUGUACAACAAACUGAAGCAGAGAGUUGAUUUUAAACUUGUGUUUGACGGCAAACCUGAGCACAGCAAUGUUUGCUUUUGGUACAUUCCACCAAGUCUGAGAGAAUUGCCAAAUGGCCAAGAGAGAAGCAAGAGACUUCAUGAGGUUGCCCCAAGGAUAAAAGCAAAGAUGAUGGAAGAAGGAACAACAAUGAUUGGCUACCAGCCACAAGGAGAAAACGUGAAUUUCUUCAGGUGUGUCUUUUCAAACCCAGCCACAAGCAAGGCAGAUGUUGAUUUCCUCAUUGAAGAAAUAGUGAGGCUGGGAAACGAUCUGUGAAUGAUAGCAUUUGUUUAGAGCUUCUUAAUUCUGCUUGAUCUAUGGGAUCUUUCUGAUAAGCAGAAAUCAUUUUAAUGAACAAGUCUUUAGGUUCACAAUGUUUACUGUAAAUACAUUGUAUGACAUUGAGUAGGUAAGCAUUUGGGAUCAAAAAUUUCAAGAACUUUAACUUGUAACUAUAACUUUCUUCUAGUUUAGAUCAUUUUAAGGUUGUAUUUACUGAACAUUACAUACUUUUUCCAGGAGUUUGACUUAAUAAUCUGCACAUAUUGAAUGCAUUGUAAUUACAUUAACAAAGCUGAUUAGAAAUGAUAAUGUACAUUAAGGAUCUAUAUGCAUUUUAAUAAAUGAUUAGUUUACAAAUGAUAUACAUCAUUACAAUUGGUCUGAAAAUCCGUUGUACUGUAACAAUCAUAACAGUUAGGAUUUGAUAAAGAAGAACCUGUAUGUCUGAUAGAAGUCAGGGAUCCAGGCCGCUACCAUAGCUGUGUAUUAAAGCAGUUGUUACAAUAAGUCUUUGAUUUACCGCAUCUUAGUUAUACUGAAUUAUGCAGUAACCGCUCCCUUUGCGAAUCUAUAAAUCAGUAUUUUAUUUGAUAAACAUUUUCAUCAUAAGAGGCUCAACUGAGUAACCAGAAAUAUUGUGAAACCUUAGUUGAGUGAGGCAACAUACAGCUAUGGCCAAAGGUUUGGCAUCACUCUAUGGAAUUAACUAAUUUAACUUCAAAAAGUCAAAUGAAACCUACUGAAUGGUGUUUCAUUAAAAUAUUUAAUGACACACUGCUUUGCAGUUUUCCAUAUACUUAACAAAAAAACGAAUACAAAAUAAAAAAAUUGACAUUUUGAAAUCCAACAUGAAAUACUGUACUACUAAUAUGGCUUCCACUAGACUUCUGCAAUAUUAUUUUGUAGUUUAUUUGAUUACAUGAUGUUAAAUAAAAGAUCAAAAAUUUUUUCAGAUAGUUUAUUUUUUUGUGUCAAUCAUAAAUUCUAGGUGAUGCAAAGCUUUUGACCAUAGCUGUACACUGUCAGCAACAACUGUACACUGAUAAACAGCUUUUGUUUAUCACUUGGACUUCAGUGUAUACUGUAUUCAGUUGUCAUUUCCCCACUCAUGUAUCAAUAAAUACAAAAUUAUUAUUAGCACUGUA